AUGGCAACACUUGCAUCAAAUCUUGUCUGUGUCGGAAAAGUAGAGAGGUUGGAGAUAAAUUGCAAAAAGAAAGAGAGAGGAAGAGAUCAAAGCAAUUAUCCUUAUAAAGUCAUUGAAAUUACACCUCCUCCUAAAUCUCUUGGUGUUCGUUGCCUUCCUCAUAAUCUUCAGUGUGGAGAGAAUGUGAUGAUAGAAGGACAAACGUACACAAUCUCGGCGGUAACUCAUCGGUAUCAGCUCCGGAAAGGUAAGUACGAGCCGAGGGAGAGGCGACUCGAUGUUCUCUCUGCCGCGAGAUACGCUUUAUCAAAAUGUCCUCUUCUUAUUGACCUCAUGAUGGAACAAAGAAAAAGCACUGCUUUGUCAGAGCUUCAUAUCGCAGUUCCUUCAUUGCAGAGAUUGACAAUUAAAACACUAGUUGAGAGUGACAAUGGCUUAAGAUUUUCUAUUUACGACAAGUAUAUUCCAAAGGUUGAGAUAAGUGCUCCUUCUUUGAAACAUUCUAACUGGCGGAUGCGUCGGUUGGAUUGUUGCGAGCCCCCGUGCUCUGUUCCAGAAUGUGUGAUGUCCAGUCUUGAAACACUAGAGUGGAAAGAAUAUUUAGGGAGAGAAAUAGAUAAGGAGGUUGCCGACUAG